AUGUUGGAACUAGAUCAACCAGCAGGAGUUGUUGACAGGCGCGAAGCCGAAAUGUCAGUAAUAGGAUGCAUUAUCGAGGACCUCAACACGAACCCGAUACUACUCGAACAUAUUGCUCCAGCCAUGAUCCAUUACAACGGAAGCAAGGGACAGGAUCCGUUCAUGAUUACCGUUGCCGCCGACGACCUAGGCAGCUCUGCAAACCAGGCGGUCCGCAGGUCUGGCGCCAGGAAGACAGCUAUCAUGAUCGCUCUCUGUUUAGCUGGCUUUCUUGCCUCUUUGGAUAUCGUCAUUACCGGGACUGCCUUGCCAACCAUCGCCAAGGAUCUGCUUGCCUCAAGCCUCGAGUACUCAUGGGUUGGAUCAGCGUACCUCCUCGCCUCUGCAAGUCUUCUCACCGUGUGGGUCAGGUUAUCGGAUAUUUUUGGCCGCAAAACGGUCAUGAUCGUCUGUUAUCUCCUAUUUCUUUCUAGGACCCUGGUUUCCGCGCUGUCCCAAAUAUCCCGAUGCUCAUUGCCGGCCGAGCCCUUCAAGGGGCAGGAGGGGCAAGAACGGGGCUUCUACAUCAGUGUCUACAGCGCUGCGACCGCGACUGGGGCAAUUCUCGGGCAAAUUGUGGGUGGAGUCUUGACUGGAUCAGGUCCGGAGCUGGGUGCCGAAAUUAUUGAUAGUUCUCGCACAGCUUCAUACCCCCCCCCUAUCUUCGAACGCUCUCAACUCCAUCAAAUCGACUCGAAAUUUACUAAAAAAUGGCUCGAACAAACAGAACAGCUAGGAGAACCUGCAGAUUAG